AUGGAACCACUCUAUCAGGCGGGGCCCAUUCUCAUGAAGGUGAAUACUGUACAAGGGAAGAAGAUGGUGGAGAGCGGCCUCCAGUCUGGGGACUUUUCCCUCCCCCAGUCGUGGCCCUCUGGCCUCCUGCCGUCAGCUGACUUGGAGGUCCUGCAGCAGAAGGUGGCUGCGGUACAGCGGGAGCUGGAGGACUUUAAGAACGAGGCCCUGAAGGCCAUCCAUUACCUGGAAGACGCCUUCUGUGAGAUGAACGGGGCCCUGGUGCAGCAGGAGGAACAGGCGGCCCGCGUGAAGCAGCGACUGAGGGAGGAGGAGGACCGGGGCAUCGUGCGAAACAAGGUCCUCACCUUCCUGCUGCCCCGCGAGAAGCAGCUCCGGGAGCACUGCCAGCGGCUGGAGGGCAUGCUGUUGGGCAGGAGCCGCGAGGCGCUGGGCCUCCCCAAGAAGAUCCAGGCAAACUGA